CAGGGGUUAUGGAAAUAAAAUUGUGAAAUAAAGAAAAUCGAGUGCAAAAGCAGAUAGGGACCCUCACUCUCUUACACACAUCCUUAUCCGUGUUAGGAGAGGGCGGUGCGCCUUUCCAGACCCAUCCCGCCCCCAAUCCUCCUCCACAUUCGGUGGUCGGGCAGCGGCAGACCGGCAAGAUCCCAUGCCCCCCGCCCAUCAAUCGGUGUGCGGCGCACAGGAAAAGAUGCUGGAGAACGGCCGAAAGGUGUUGAAGGAAGGGCUGCUAGAGAAGCGCAGCGACGGGCUGCUGCAGCUCUGGAAGAAAAAGCUCUGCGUCCUGACGGACGACGGCGUCCUGCUGCUGCCGCCCAAGCAGCACGACCACCCGCAGCCGCAACGCGGCGGCGACGCGGCCAAGAUCAAGGAGCUGCACUUCGCCAACAUGAAGACAGUGGACUGCGUGGAGCGGAAGGGCAAGUACGUGUACUUUACGGUGGUCAUGACCGAUGGGAAGGAGAUCGACUUCAGGUGCCCACAGGACGAGGGCUGGAACGCCGAGAUCACCCUGCAGAUGGUCCAGUACAAGAACCGCCAGGCGAUCCUGGCAGUCAAGUCCACCCGGCAGAAGCAGCAGCUGCUGGUGGUGCAGAUGCCCGGACAGAACAGCGUCCGGAGCGCUUCCAGCGUUGCGUGACCCGCCGCCAGCGGUGAAUUGGACGCUCAGCAGAGGAAGACUAUGAAGAUUCAUCUCCCUUUGCUCCUGCCCCAUCCACCAACCACCAUCCUCCAGGAGUCCCCCCUCCUCCACGGCGUGGCUUUAACACAGACGUAUUUCACAAAAGACUGAAGGACUGACAGCAUGUGAGAAAAUGAGGGGGUGGGGUUUUCCUCUUAUUUAUUACACCUGUAAAUAUAUUUUUUAUAGACUCUUCUGUCAGUGAUAAAUGAAAAGAAGCUGCACAUGUUCAGACUCUCAAACCAGCAUUGUCAUCUGAGCCAAAGACUCAUUUCCUUCACUGUACAGUGUUUCACCUUCCUUUACAUCCACCCAUCUCCUGUUUGUGCUUCGCCCUGAGCGGCAUCAUGGGGGCUGUUGGAGCCUAUUGCAGCUGUUGCAGGGUGAAGGUGGGACAAAUCCUCCACAGGUCUCUGGUCCAUUGCAGCUUCCAUUCUAUUCCCUUUGUGAUUUGUCUGCUGCACUAGUUGAUGGUGCAUUUUCGUGACUGCUGUGUUUGUAAAUUGGAAGGACGCCUUUCCAUUUAGUAAGUCUUAAAAAACAGACAAUUUGAUGUCCUGUAGUUUACUUAGUCAGGCUGAUAACUUCAGAGGCUGAGCUGCUGUGGAAUCAAUCACAAUCAUUUCAUCAAUGACAAAAAUGAUCCAUAAAACGGCACAGAUUUUCAGUUUAAUUGAAUUGAAUUGAAUGAUACUUUAUUAAUCCCGCGAUGGGGAAAUUAGGUAAACUCAUUUUAGGGCCUGAGUUUAAUUAAACAAUAAAGUUAUUGUUCCGCUUCAACUUUAGUGGAUUUGAACCAAGACAAAGUUAAAUUUUGACAAAUAUAGACUAAACUGGUCUGAAAGGUCCUAAAGCUGAAGGAGUCCCUCAGCGGGUAAAUAUUGUUCAGAGAUUGUUUGGGUUUUAAGAUUAGCACAGAUCCAGACCAUGUUUUUCUAUGACUUAUUUGAGAUUGUAAGUAAAAUCCCAGUAUCUUUUCUCUGGAUUCUGUCUAACUAGUUUGAUGCUAUUACAGCCAGUUAGUUGCUUGAUUGAAUUGGGGAAGGGAGGGAGGGAGGGAGGGGGGGGGGUGUCAGUGCAUCCUUUACCUCUAGCACAUCUAGCAUGUUACAGACGAGCGAAUGAGAGACAGCCGGUGCGAAUUGCAUUUGUUGGGAACACAGGCAACCUUCUCCUUCUGGUUCUGUGAUAUUGUUGAUAUUGUUGCAAUACCGUGAACAACAAAGGUUUAGGUUUUUCAAAGUUGGAUAAUCUUGUUAUGGCACACAUGCUAUGAGGCAUUCAACUCCUUUUGGAUAGCUCAGAAGCUCAGAGAAGAAUUUAGCAAUAAGUGAAGAAACAAUUUGUUCGUUGAAAAGACAAAAACUCAGCCGUGGAGCCGCUCAGCCUCUGAGAUUUACAGUCAUCCUUUUUACAAGUGAAAUAAAUACAAUGUUUUGUAGACUUGUCAGGGAGGAGUUUGCAGGAACAUUUCAGAAACAGAAAUGAAGGGUUGUAUUGCGUUUCAUCUGGAUGUGGCGCACGCUGUUUCCUGGAGUGUCUCCCUGCUCUCGCCGCCACAGCAGCACAUGCCUCUGCGCUGCUGUCAUCUCCCAUACAGGACUGGAGCCGUUCUGGUUUAUCUAACAUAAACGGUGUGCACUUCUCCGAAUGCCUACCGGUCUUCAUCAUUUCUCAUGCAAUCAUAGCUGUGCUCUUUGCAGCCGCUGUCUGUUUCUUUUUUUUUAAAUGUGAGAUCUAUUUUCAUACCUCAAAAAGAAACAUUCCAUUAAAAAGUCUGCCAAACCCAG